UAAAAUAUCCUUGAUUAAAUCUCAUAAAUAUUUAUUUUCUCUUGCGCUCGAAUUAAUCGGAUGAACCUGACCAAAAUUCAUGCACAAAUUAAGGCCAAACAAAAGUUGUGGAGAGACAAGUGGGCUUAAAAAAACCAGCCAUCAAACCAUUUGUUGAUCCCUCCAGUUUCUCAGGAACCAAACACAACACUCAUGGCCACUUCCACUCUCUCCCUCUUCCUCUUCCUACUCUCUCUUCUCCUUCCUGCAACACUCUCAAUCCCGCCCGAUCUGUCCGACCGCCCAAAAACCUUCAUCGUCCACGUGUCCAAAUCCCAGAAGCCCUCCCUUUUCUCCUCCCACCGGAGCUGGUACACCUCCAUCAUCCAAAAUCUCCCUUCCCCUCACCCCACCAAGCUCCUCUACACCUACGACCGUGCCGUCCACGGUUUCUCCGCCACCCUCACUUCCUCUCAGGCCACACAGCUCCUCAGCCACCCGUCCGUACUCUCCGUCACGCCCGACCAGCCACGUCAGCUCCACACCACUCACACCCCCAACUUCCUGGGCCUCGCCGACUCCUUCGGCCUCUGGCCCAACUCCGACUACGCUGACGACGUCGUUAUCGGCGUCCUCGACACCGGGAUCUGGCCCGAGCGCCCCAGCUUCUCGGACUCGGGUAUCGGCCCCGUCCCGACCCGAUGGAAGGGCACGUGCGUCACCACCGCGGACUUCCCUUCCUCCGCCUGCAACCGCAAGAUUAUCGGCGCUCGCGCCUAUUUCAACGGCUACGAAUCCCACAUCGGAAGGUUGAUGGACGACACGACGGAGGCGAAGUCGCCGAGAGACACCGAAGGCCACGGGACCCACACGGCCUCCACCGCCGCGGGCGCCGUCGUCGCUAACGCGAGCUUCUUUUCGUACGCUCAAGGCGAAGCCAGAGGAAUGGCCACCAAGGCCAGAAUCGCCGUCUAUAAAAUCUGCUGGUCUUUUGGGUGUUUCGAUUCUGACAUCUUGGCCGCCAUGGAUCAAGCCAUUGCUGACGGUGUUGAUAUCAUCUCGCUCUCUGUCGGAGCCAGCGGUCGUGCUCCGCCUUACGAUCGAGACUCCAUAGCCAUCGGAGCUUUUGGGGCUGCCCAGCAUGGUGUUCUUGUUUCUGCCUCGGCUGGGAAUUCUGGGCCUAACCCAUUUACCGCCACCAACAUAGCUCCGUGGAUUUUAACAGUGGGUGCAUCCACCAUUGACAGAGAAUUCCCGGCGGACGUUGUUCUCGGCGAUGAUCGGGUUCUUAGUGGGGUUUCGUUGUACUCCGGCGAGCCUCUUGUGGACUACAAGCUUCCGUUAGUGUAUGGCGGAGACUGUGGAAGUCGGUACUGUUAUGAAGGGGCUCUUCAGCCAUCGAAAGUUCAAGGGAAGAUUGUGGUGUGUGAUCGCGGAGGCAAUGCGAGAGUGGCAAAGGGAGGCGCGGUGAAGCUUGCAGGUGGGCUUGGGAUGAUAUUGGCCAAUACAGAGGAGAGUGGAGAAGAGCUUCUUGCUGAUGGUCACCUCAUACCUGCAACAGAGGUGGGUGAGAUCGCUGCUAAUCAGAUAAGAGAGUACAUCAGAUUGAGCCAAUACCCAACAGCCACCAUUGUGUUUCGCGGAACUGUAAUUGGGUCUUCGCCAUCUUCUCCAAAGGUCGCAGCUUUUUCGAGCCGAGGACCAAACUCUCUCACACCAGAGAUUCUCAAGCCAGAUGUGAUUGCUCCUGGGGUGAACAUUUUGGCUGGUUGGACUGGGGCUACUGCCCCCACUGAUUUGGACAUUGAUCCUAGAAGAGUUGAGUUCAAUAUCAUUUCAGGCACAUCCAUGUCUUGCCCACAUGUGAGUGGCAUUGCUGCUCUGCUUCGAAAGGCUUACCCGAAUUGGUCGAUUGCUGCUAUAAAAUCUGCUCUGAUUACAACAGCUUACACUUUGGACAAUGCUGGGAAGAAAAUUAAGGACCUUGGAACUGGGGAAGAGUCAACACCUUUUGUUCAUGGAGCAGGGCAUGUUGAUCCCAACAGAGCUCUUAAUCCUGGGUUGGUUUAUGAUCUCAAUGUCAACGACUAUGUGGCGUUUUUGUGCUCAAUUGGGUACAGUCCAAGGCAAAUAGCUGUGUUUGUGGGGAAGCCUACUGGUUCUGAUAUAUGCACAGGAAACAGUUUGGCUAGCCCUGGUGAUCUGAAUUACCCUUCGUUUUCAGUGGUUUUGAGUUCGGAUCAAGGGCUGGUUAAGUAUAAGAGAAUAGCCACGAAUGUUGGGGGAGACGCCGAUGCAGUUUAUGAGGUGACAUUGAAUGCUCCAGCUGGUGUGGAGAUUAGUGUUGAGCCAAGGAAGCUGGUGUUUAGUGCAGAAAACCAGACUCAGAGUUAUGAGGUUACAUUCAAACGAGGUGUUGGGUACGAUAGCGGGGAGAGAUAUGGGUCGAUUGAGUGGACAGAUGGCAGGCAUCUAGUGAGAAGUCCAGUUGCUGUGAGGUGGAGCAGUGCUAGUUCCUUAGCUUCCAUGUGAGUUUUAGCAGUUUGAACAGCCGCCAUAGCAAUGGGUGGUGUUCUUCUGGGCAAAAGAGCAAUGAGAGCAUAGUCGCUUGCUUUGUUUUAACUUAUUAGUCAGCCUCUUGUGUAAAGUUGAAGGGCUUUUGAAUUGUUAUGGGUAGGCCCUGAUUGUGUGAAUACGUUACAUUGUUGUUGCAAAAUCGAAGCUUGAGAACUUACCUAAGCAAUAAAUUCAGUCACAUUAUGCUUCUCUUUUAUGAUUAUCUGCCAUGAAAGUGAGAUAUAACAAUAUAUAUGCUUUGGCUAAGAGAGGGCCUUGUUCA